AUGAAGUUUGUGUCACAGUUAGCAAAGAUACCAGACCGUAAUAUAACCAUUAUCACCAUGAGUACAACAACAAUAGAAAUCCAUCAAUUAUCUCAGACAACAACUGUUAUAAUCAACCAGCAUCAUCUAAGAGAGAAACACUCACACAAAGUGGCCAUCAACAUCAAAGAGAAAACGGUCACACACCAUCAACAUCAGAGAGAAACAGUCACACACCAUCAACAUCAGAGAGAAACAGUCACACACCAUCAACAUCAGAGAGAAACAGUCACACACAAUCAACAUCAGAGAGAGAAACAGUCACACACCAUCAACAUCAGAGAUAGAAACAGUCACACACCAUCAACAUCAGAGAGAGAAACAGUCACACACCAUCAACAUCAGAGAGAAACAGUCACACACCAUCAACAUCAGAGAGAGAAACAGUCACACACCAUCAACAUCAGAGAGAGAAACAGUCACACACCGUCAACAUCAGAGAGAAACAGUCACACACAAUCAACAUCAGAGAGAAACAUUCACACACAAUCAACAUCAGAGAGAAACAGUCACACACCAUCAACAUCAGAGAGAAACAGUCACACACCAUCAACAUCAGAGAGAGAACACCAUCAACAUCAGAGAGAGAAACAGUCACACACCAUCAACAUCAGAGAGAGAACACCAUCAACAUCAGAGAAAACAGUCACACACCAUCAACAUCAGAGAGAAACAGUCACACACAAUCAACAUCAGAGAGAGAAACAGUCACACACAAUCAACAUCAGAGAGAGAAACAGUCACACAUCAUCAACAUCAGAGAGAGAAACAGUCACACACAAUCAACAUCAGAGAAAACAGUCACACACCAUCAACAUCAGAGAGAAACAUUCACACACAAUCAACAUCAGAGAGAGAAACAGUCACACACCAUCAACAUCAGAGAGAGAACACCAUCAACAUAAGAGAAAACA